GACUUCUCCCCCUCCAGCCCCUUGGAUUUCCCCGCCUUUCACGCCCGGAGCUUCAGCCAACUACCCUGGGUGAUGUCGUCUUUUUUCACCGUACCCGCUUCGCAGCGGAAGCGCAAGAGAGAAGACCGCGCCGGAGCCCCCGCAUCUAAGAAACGAGGUGUCGAUGCGGACGGAGAUGCGAGAGGAAAGAGUGGCAGCAAGAAGAACAGGGAACCGUCAAUUUCAGGAAGUGACAUUGAUGAGGAUGAGCUCAGUGCUGUGUCUGGAUUAUCGGGUGAGGAAAGUGGCUCGGAAUCCGACGAAGGAGAGACAGCCGGAGACCGGAGGUUGAAGCUUGCGGAGCGAUACCUGGAUAAUGUCCGGGAUGAGGUGGAUGAUUAUGGCUUCGAUGCGGCUGAGAUUGAUCGAGACUUGAUCGCAGAAAGGCUAAAAGAGGAUGUUGAUGAAUUCAAAGGACGUGUUUAUCGCCAGAUUGCCUCCGAUUUGGCCUUCUCGACAGCUUCUCAUACAUUCUUCCGGGCAGACACACAAUCAACCACGUCAAUUGCAGUCCACUCACCCUAUGUUUACACCGUGUCGAAGGACAAGACCUUGAUCAAGUGGGAACUCGCCACACCCACUUCCGCGGCAUCUACGACAAACGGAGAGACCUCCAAGCGCCCCCCACGGCCACAGCGCAAAAAGCCAAAGCAAGUGAGAUUUGUUCGGGGUUUGCGAAAGGUUGCGGAAACCGGAGAAGAGCAUGGUCAUACCCAGAAUAUCUUGUCCGUCGCAGUGUCGCCGUCCGGAAAGUUUGUGGCUACUGGAGGACAAGAUCGGAAACUUAUCAUUUGGGAUGCGGAGAGUCUGACCCCUUUGCAAACCUUCACGCAACAUCGCGACGCUGUCUGUGGUCUUGCGUUCGCUCGCCACAUAUCUACCAUGAGCUCCGGAGAGCAGCUCUUUUCCGGCUCCUAUGACCGGACCAUCAAAACCUGGUCUUUGAGCACGGCCGGCCAUGCAUACGUUGAGACGCUCUUCGGUCAUCAGGACCAUGUGACAGCAGUCGGCGCAAUGACUAUCGACCAGUGUAUCAGUGUCGGAGCACGCGAUCGCACGGCCAGACUGUGGAAGGUCGUCGAAGAAUCCCAGCUGAUCUUCCGCGCCGGCUCCAAGGGCGCCUCUUACCAAGAAAACAACAUUGACUGCCUGGCACCUUUACCUCCCAACCAUUUCGUUACCGGAUCAGACUCGGGCUCGCUCUCGCUCUGGUCCGUCCACAAGAAAAAGCCUCUCCAUACGAUCCCUCUCGCCCACGGCCUCGACCCCUUACCUCCACUAGACGAACUCUCUGCCGAGGUCGACCAGAACACCGCAGCACACAACUCCCGUCACCUCCGGCGCAUGCCUCGCUGGAUUACCGCAUUGGCUACCGUUCCCGGCACUGAUAUCGUGCUCAGCGGCAGCUGGGAUGGUUUCAUCCGGGCAUGGAAGAUCUCGGAAGAUAAGAGAACCAUUAUCCCACUGGGCCCUGUCGGAGCAGGGUCCAGCAUCCCGCUACCCCCCGACACACCGUCUGAACAACUCAAGCAAUCCCUUGCAUUCGACACACCGGAUCGCAUGGCAGUUGAUGAUGCGACGAACCAGCAGACCGAAGAAGAAGCAGAACCGCUGAUCAAGGGUGUCAUCAACGACAUUGCCGUUUUCGAACGUCGCGCAGAUACCGCCAAACCGGGCCAGGCGCCCGAGCCGAAGUCCAAGUCCAAGUCCAAGUCCAAGUCGAAAUCCCAACCCACCGCUCCCGAGCAACGUGGUGUGUGUAUCGUAGCCGCCGUUGGCAAAGAACACCGGCUAGCACGCUUCAAAUGCUUUUCCAACAACUUCCACGACGGUCCCUCCGCAGACGGCCGGAACGGCGCCGUAGUCUUCGAGGUGCCAUUCAUCUCCGAUAAGCAGCCGAAAUAGGCGCUAAUUUCGACGACGGCGGCAGCGACGGCGGCGGCGAUAUGAAAUGUAGUGAAAUGGAUGGCGUCCCGUGUAUCCCACAUUUUCUUCUUCUAUGCAUGUACUAUCUUAUUCCCGGGCCGGUGGUGUCUGCAUACUGCUUCAUUGCUUUUAAAAGUUCGCAUUAGAAGAGGCUUUCCCCCUCAUCUCCGUGAUUUUUAGCCGGUUUGUACUUAUGUAUAUACUUUUCUACGAUAUCUUUUUUUUCUCUCCUUCGAAUGGAUGCCUAUCACCCCAUCAGCAUCGAAAAAAAAAAUUACAAUAAACCAAUAAUGUGAAAAC